AUGGGAUUAUUUACUCCAAAACAUAAAACAUAUUACGUGCCCGGGAAUGCCAUUAUUAGGGCUCCGAAGCACGAUCAAAAUGCAAAUGUGCAUGCUCCCACUGCUGGAAAAGCCAAUCCACACUUUGGCGAAGAUGAAGACGACGACAAUACGACAGAAAAGAAGGUUUACGACAAGGAAAAAGCUGUUUUGGGUGGCGUGGACAAAGAAAGAACCGAUGGAAAGCCCGAAACAGAAACAGAGCUCAACACUCGCUUGAAUGCUCUCUUGUAUCACACUGCAAAUGACAGUAUCGAGAUGUAUCGUCUGGAAAACAACUCGCUGGAUCUUCUUGGAAGGUUGCAUUACGACGAUUUCGAUAUCAACGAUAAGGAGUCGGUGUCUCGAGUGGCGUCGUACACAUCGUUGUCGCAAAUGGUGCCAACUCCGACGUUUGCUCAGUCACUUUCUCAGAAUAUCAGCACGAGCGCAUCCAGAUCAUCCACGCCAUCGAGCAAGGUUCCAUUAUCACGUCCCAGACCGCUGUUCGAACGAGGUGUUUCUUUUGACACGCUGGAUGAUUCACACCACAUGUCCAUCACACGUAAAGUGAAGCAUCCGGAGUUUAAAUUCAGAAGAAACAAUAAGACGUACUUGAUUGGAUUUUGCAACGAUGCAGAGUCGUUGAGAGCAGUUGAAUGGGUGUUUCAAGAGAUGGUCAUUCAUGGUGACACUAUUGUCGUUUUCCAGGUGUUGGAUGAGAAACACUAUAAGUUUGUCGAUCCAGACUUGGCUGACAAGGUGUUGGAGAAGCUCGAGUCUCUCAACACACACAACCGUAGAAUCUCAAUGGUGUACGAGGUGAUCAUUGGACGCCCACAGAAACUUCUCAAACUGGCUAUCGAUGAAUACAAACCCGCAAUGAUGAUUGUGGGAAGCCACCAGUAUGGCCUGUCACCUAUUCCUACUUCCAGCUCCACCGCCAACCUCAUCAACCAAAGUCACGGUCUCCAGCCACAUGUACACAGCCAUUUCCCGUUCUUGAAUAAGACAUCGGUGUCCAAAUACUUCCUAAUGUUUGCGCUCGUGCCGGUGAUUCUUGUCAAGCCGUUCUAUCAACACCAGGAGUUGUUGGCAAAGCCCAUUGAUUCAAACCACUACUUCCAAGACAUGCUUGCCAACAUCGAUGUUUCACAUACACGUGAGAAGAAGAAGAAACAUAAGUUCGGCUUCUUGAGUCCGUCAUCGUCCAGGACUUCCUCUGCCACGAACUUGUCGGGAAUGAUUACUCCCGAGGAUCGUGGCCGGAGUCCGGAAAAUUUGUCUCCAGUGGAAAGUAGAGAUUCUUCGUCUGACCGGUCCAGAUCACAUUCACGGUCUCAAUCGCAGAACCAUCACUCCCGACUCAGCAAGCUCUUUUCCUUAUAA